AUGGCGAUGGACGAUUGCGAUAUUGAUGUAUUUGGGCCACGUAUCGAGGGGGGCGCGGCAUUGCUAGCUAAUCGCGAGCUAGCCGUGGCACUGCGAGCUGAUGGGGACGAAGCCGAAGAGGAAAAUCGGGCAUUGGAUUGUGUGGAGACCGUGCGAGCCAAACCGAACGAGUUCUGGCGCUUCAUGCUGCGCAUGAGCCUCGGCGCUGUGAUGCAUCCGUAUGAGUAUGCCAAGAUAUUGAUGCAGCUGGGCUUCGAGCCGAUGCCCGCCGUCAUCUCGACCAACUGGCUGGGGCGUACCACCCUAUUUUUGCCCAGCGCGAAUCACUACUUGCGCUACAUACGACAAAUCGAUGGAGUCCCUGGCCUGUACCGGGGCCUCAUUGCCCGGGUCAUGGGCAGCACCGUCUACGCUGCGUUCUCGGGAAGCCUGGUCAACUUGCUCGGCUGGAGGCACCUGGAAACGCAGACUCAUCCCUUUCGCAACUAUCUCUGCAAUAUGCUGCGCGACGCACUCAUCCUUACAACCGGACUGGCCAUCUCGCAUCCGUUCUACGUCAUCUCGGUGCGCCAGAUGGCUCAGUUUGUGGGCCGCGAGGUGAUCUACUCGAGCCUGAAGGGCAGCGUCGAGGAGAUCCUACAGCAGGCUGGACCGCUCGGCUUGUAUGUGGGCUUUGUGCCGCGCCUCCUCAGCGAUCUGGGCGUCCUCUUCUGUACGAGCACCCUGAGUGCCCUUUGCGCUCGCUUCGGGCUGUUCAACUCCAGGCGCAGGGAGUACAACUCGGUGCUGAUUCAGUUCGGGGCCGUCAUGCUGUUCUAUCCGCUUCAGGUAGUGGGCGCCUGCAUGGCCUGCUCUGGCUCAGCUGUGGCAGCGGGCGCACCACCCUAUAUGCCCGUGUAUGGUCAGUGGGUCGACUGCCUCUCGGAUCUGGUAGUACGCGGAGAUCAUUAUCGUGGCGCCUUCAUGUUUCGCCGCGUCCUCUCCAAGGUGCAAGUGCAACGCUCCCGCGAUCCAUUCACAGUUUCCCGCCUGAUGUAGUCGACAAAAUGGAGAAGAAU